AUGGAUGCUCAUCAUCACUUCCAACCAAACACUUCCCUGAACUUGAGCCUUCAUCAGCAGCCAAUGGAGCAUCAUGACUACUAUGGCGGCCAAGUAGUGAAUCUCGACCUCGUCCUCGACCCUUGUAACUUGACCUCAUCUUCCUCCAUCGCCACUUCGUGGCCACGAGCUGGUCCGGCUCAACAUCAGGAGGCGCGCGUGUUCUCGUGCAACUACUGCCAGCGUAAGUUCUACAGCUCGCAGGCACUGGGCGGCCACCAGAACGCCCACAAGCUGGAGCGCACCCUCGCCAACAAGACUCGCCACAUCAUCAACACCACCACCAGCUCAUCAACCACCGCGGCUCAUCAUUCUGCUGCUGCUGCUGGUGGAGCCAAGAGGGGAGCUACUAAUUCUAAUUACAGUUCGACCUCCUCUGCUACUGCUCCAUGGAGCAGAAGCAGCCACGUGCAGCAGAGACCAGGACAUUACGAAGAAGAUCAACAAGGGAAUUUCCCGACUGAUCGUGAUCGAAAUUCGUGGUACGUGUCGUCGAUGGGGUACAGAGAGAGUCAUGUUGAGGAAGAGUUCAGCACCCACCUUGACUUGUCCUUGAGACUUUAA